AUAAAAACUUUUCAGUUGUGGGAAGCAAGCCAUUCUGCAAAAUUCUCUUAUACGCAAUUGACUUUUCACAGUGAAGCUGCUCACCAGUACCAGCAUCGCUGUGGUAGGUGCAUUCAGAUCUUCAAACACACCGCUCUGGUGCAUCACCAUACAACGAGUGUUUUAUCAUGAUGAAUCACUCCACAUAAUUCUGCUGAACCACUCUAAGUCAAACUUUCCAUAUUCUGCUGAAAACUUAUUUCUGUCUUUAAUGUUUUUCUUAAACAGCUAUGGUGUGUUUUGCUAAUUUCUUUACCGGUAACUGUAAAUCGGAUCAUAAAAAGAUUCUAAAGAGAAAUUUGAAAUAUUAUGGUGCAGCCACAUCACUGUACCGUGGUUUUAACACUGAACUUUUUUUGUUAAUUCUGACAUGAAUAUGAUAAGUUAUUGGCAUGAAUAGACUAUGCUGUUUUUGGAAGGCUACAGUAAAUCAGAGCGGUAAAAGUUAAGUUGUGCUUUCUUAAAAACGAAACUGAGUAGUGCGUAUAUGGGUGGAGGGCAUUUCUUUUGAAAAAGAAGCAAAUGAAAAUACCUUUUCAUUUAGCAGUUGAGCUCAGGUCAGUGUUGAAUUGUAAUUGCACAUUUCCCCUUAGUCUAUUCACAAUAGUGAUGCUCUUGGCGAUGUUGCUUCACGGAAUAGCACACACCCUUGGAUCUGUUCCAAGCUCGCUAAUAUCAAAAGACAUUCAAACUAUUCAUUAUUAAGGUAAUGACAUGUUUGGAUCACUUUAAACACGCUUUUGUUGAACAGGAACGUUUGCAAAGGUCUAGAUUAUGCACAUUAUUUCUGUCUCCGCUAAAGAAAUUUGACACAAAUUUGGGAAAAUUAAUUCUGUCCAUCAGUUUCUAAGAAUUUUAAGAAAUAGAAAUUUUAAGAGCAUGCUAAAUUGAAAUACAGUGGGGCCAUUGAAAAUCUGGGAUUAAAAAAAUGUAAAUCUGCAAAAUGUUUUGGCCUGUGUGCAUAUGAAUUAUUAUAAAUCAGAUUAUGACUAGAUAGAUAUGCAGAUAAUUCAAUCUAUAAUAUUGAGUCAUAUGCACAUACUAAGAAAUUGCACAUUAUUUCAAUUCGCUCCUAUUGCUAAGCACAUGAAUUUUAUAUUGUAAAAUAAAAUAAAAACUGUUGUAAUCUAGCAGCAGAAAUCAGAUUUUGGUAGUUUCUUUAGUGAAAACGAAAGUUGUGAGCAUCAAACCGUUAUGCAACUCUGUUAAGAAAAACCCUUAAUAUUUCUCUGAGAAUUCAGCUGGAUUCGUGUGUGUCCAGAUGUUUAUGAGCUGCUAAAUAAAUGCUAAGGUCAUGCACCCCUGCAGACAAUUCUACGGGAAUAGAGGGGAGAAAAAAUGGUAAAGAAUGUGGGAAUGAUAAGUGGAACUGAUGCAUUUACAAGAUAGGGGUGGAGCAAGUACGGUAAGUCUUAGCUUGAAAGUGAAAGUUUGCAAAUUUUUUUGUGUAUAAAUAUCUGCACCUGAUACCUGCAUAUCACACCUGUGCACAAUUGUCUGAUGAUCGUGUGGCGACCAAACACAAAGACAAGAAUGCAGACCGCAACAGUAACUCUCCUGGUCAUUGCUGCAGUCCUCUGGGGCAACACUGAAGCUUUUUCAGACGCAGCUGUGGACUGCUGUCUGACCACCAAGGACACUCGUAUUCCAAUACAUAUUGUUGCAUCCUUCUUUCACCAAACCACAGCGAGUGGUUGUGCCAUUCCAGCUACUGUCUUCAUCACAAAAAAAGAAAAGAGACUGUGCGCUCCACCAGAGAAAAACUCCUGGAUUACCAAGAUCAUCACACACUUAGAGAAGAAGAAGAAACCUUCUCAGUAGGAACACAGAUGGGAGCCGAGCAUGAUGACCCUGUAACUGCACUGAGCAACACUUACACUGACAGACAGGAAGUGACUAAUCAUUAACUGCCACAGUGGGUUUUAAAAGUUAUUUACAAAGUGUUUUAGAAACCAUGCAGAUUUGGGGAGUGCAUGGUGGUCAGACUUUGUAAAUUAUUAAAAGCGGAUAUGCUGUUUGUUUAUAUUUGACUGUAUUGUUUUACUGUAGCAAUUAAGUCUCAUUCAUUUGCAUGAAUUAUCCUGUAAGCUGUGUCUGUAUUUUUAGAACUUCUAUUAAUGUAUGUAACAUACUUUGUAUGACUGGAAUUUUUCUAAGAAUGUUUUUUA